AUGAAGUACCCUAAGCGCUUACUAGACCUUCAAGAGUUGAAGGAAGCUCAAGGAGUCAAGGGCCUUGGUGGUCUCAAGGCUCUGCCAAGGCAUCUCGAUCUCGGAACCAAGGUGUAUCUGGUUGACGGUGCUAAAGCGGACGGGCGCUACGUAACACUGAGUCACUGCUGGGGCAAGCCUAAGAAAGGACAAGGCCAGCUCAGAUUGACAGGCAAAACUGAGCAGAGGUUGAAGAAAGAGGGAAUCGAGCUUCGAUACCUGUGCAAGUCUUUUCGUGAUGCAAUGCUCUUUGCCUAUCGUCUGGAUCAGGUUCGAUACAUUUGGAUCGAUUCUCUUUGCAUCAUACAGCCGGACCCUACCUAUACCGAUAAAACCAAAGACCCAUCAGGACAAGACUGGAAAGAGCAGAGUCGUGUGAUGGGCGAAGUCUAUCGCCAAUCAUUUCUCAAUAUUUCAGCCACCGCUGCGAAGGAUGGCGAUCAUGGUCUGUUCAUCGCAUGGGAGUGUGGUGGCUUUCAAGACGUUGAAGGAUUUCCGAACGGCUAUACUACAAUCACAGUAAGACAUGGUGAUAUAAUUAACGAGCGUCACCUAAAAGACUUCAACGAGGCUCGUGGCCUCCGACUACGCACAAGCCGUCUUAGGGGAUUCCCGGAUCCGGACAAGAAUUUGUCAAAGUUGGGCACAUACGAGUUGUGGAAGUAUGUGGUGGAGGUGUACUCUCGUACAAACCUGACCUUCGCUCGUGACAAGCUGAUUGCACUGUCCGGAAUCGCUGAACAGUUCUCACGCGAAACGAAAUGUGAUUAUGUGGCUGGCAUGUGGAGAGAGCACCUCGAAAGCCAACUUCUAUGGCAAGUGAAUGAAGAUUAUCAAGAUGGUAUCUUUGCAAACCCCGCGUGUCGCGAUGAGCUGCGAGCUCCCUCGUUUUCCUGGGCAGCUAUAGAUAGCCCUUAUGGAGUCACAUAUGGGGAGACCACAGACUAUGGCAAAGACCGACAGAAACAGCUUCUAUUCGAGGUGAGGGCCUGCGAAAUUGAUCUCGAGGACCCAAAAAAUCCGUUCGGCCUCAUCAAGGCUGGCCAGCUCCACAUAAAGCCUCGAUACCUGCGUCGGGUCGCAUUACGCAAACUCGGUCCUCCUUCUCAUGUUCCCUAUGGUUGGCGUCUACAAGAAGAUGUUUUGCCGAAACAAGACUAUAAUCCAAAGCACACAACUUCAUUAGAUAUGUCUGCUAGGAAGGAGACGUCACUCAGCAAAAAGACUGCCUUCGUAGAGCAUCAUAGCCUCAACUUGGACGCUCCUGAGUCUGAUAUCGACAUUUUUGCUAGCGGAGCGGAAGUGUAUUGUAUGCCAGCCGCAUUCGGAGACAGGACGGUUAAAGAGGCAUGGCGUGACUUGAUGUGUCUUCUCUUGCUCAAGACGAAGCCUGCACAAGAGCACCCAACAUCAAAGCAUCAAUUCCGAAGGAUCGGCAUCACGAGGUUAUCAAGUGCUAUGCACUGGAAAUCUCAUGCAAUCCUAAUGGAGCAACCAUUUGAAGGUGAUAUCAUACUACAUUGA